AUGUCGUUCCUAUCAGCGCUUAGUCCCCUGUUUAAGAAUGGUUUUGCUGCGUGGAAAAUUCCCUCUGCUAGCAUGAUUGUAACACGGAGCUUGAUGAAAACGCAUAAAGGUGCUGCCAAAAGGUGGAGGAAGAAUGCAAAUGGUUUCAAAAGAGGCAUAUCCGGCAGAAAACAUGGUAACUGCGGGUGGUCGCAACGAGGAUUGAAGGCAUUAACGGGGAGGACGGAGGCACAUCAGAGUCAAAUCAAACGAUUGAAAAAGUUGUUGCCAUAUCAUUAG